AUGGCUACCCCACCUCCAGGUCUCCGGCGUGAGGACUUCCAGAUCGCAUUUAUCUGCGCUGUCGGCUGCGAGUACGAAGCUGUCGCUUUUGCUCUCGAUCAUAUAUGGGAUGGAGAGGAAGUACAGCUGGGAAAUGCACCCGAGGACUACAACAAAUAUACCGUUGGCCGAAUAGCAAACCACAACAUCGUCGUGCUUCUCCUUCCGGGCAUGGGAAAGGUCGAUGCAGCAAGCGCAGCGAACAGGCUCCGAUUGAGUUAUACUGGCAUAAAGCUUGCCAUCCUGGUAGGCAUUUGUGGAGGUGUACCGGAAAUCGGAACCGAUAAAGAACUUUUGCUCGGGGAUGUGGUGAUUAGUAAGAGCAUCGUACAGUAUGACCUAGGGAAGCAGCAACCCAGCAACUUCGUCAUCAAAGGUACCAUUGAAGACAGCCUGGGGAGGCCUCACGAGAGCGUUCGUUCCGUUACGGCGGUACUUGAGACGGACCGGGGACGCGAAAAGCUGCAGCAGCGGACAGCUGAAAUACUCCAGAGCAUCCAAGAGAAGGCCGGCGACAGAAAAUGUCGGUACACACAGCCUAAACCUGAGGCGGAUUUGCUCUUUGAGCCGCAAUAUCUCCAUAGGCACCCCAAUCACCAUCCGUGUGAGUGCUCUGAACACACAGUGUGCGACGUAGCCCUGGGUACAUCGUGCCGGGACCUAGGGUGCGACUUGUCACGACUGGUUUCCAGGCGUCGCCUCACAAAGCGAAAAUACGACGGCACGAUAGCCCAUGAACUUCAAAUUGUUGUUGGACGCUUAGGAUCAGGCGAUACCGUGAUGAAGUCCGGGUUGGAUCGCGACCGGAUUGCUAAAGCGCAAAAACCACCUCUUGUCGCCUUUGAGAUGGAGGGGGCCGGCGUAUGGGAUCGGUUCCCGUGCCUUAUCGUCAAGGCGGUCUGUGACUACGCAGACAGCCACAAAAACAAGGACUUCCAGCAUUUUGCUGCAGCAAGAGCAGCCGCCGCAGCGAGAGCGAUUCUAGAAGGUUUUCCGCGCAUAGAUGACGCAGCCCAACGCUCUGCUCAUCGCCGAGAACCUAACGAGAAUGACAUGAAAUUGCUUGAACUUCUGGCUACGGAACACGAAAAAUACAAGAAUUUCAACCCUCGAAAGCAUGACGGAACAUGUGAAUGGUUCUUCAAGGACCAGAAGUAUCAGAAAUGGCUUCAGAGCACUGCGUCAAGCAUCAUCUGGAUCUCCGCCGGCCCAGGUUGUGGCAAGUCUGUACUAACACGGUCUUUGAUCGACGGUGGACGACUAUCGACAAACCCCACGACAGUCUGCUACUUCUUUUUUAAAUUCGACGAUGUGAAUCGCAUCAACAGUCACGACGCUCUGUCUGCAAUCUUGCAUCAGCUUUUCACCCAAAACCGGUCUCUUAUCCACCACUCGACUGAGCCUUAUAGCAAUUAUGGAGACAAGCUACGAAACAACUUCCAUGAGCUCUGGAGGAUCCUACUAGAAUGUGCAAGCGAUCCUGCAGCUGGAGAAAUUGUCUGUGUGCUUGAUGCCUUGGACGAAUGCAGCCACGAAGGCUGGGAAGAGAUAUUGCAAAUGCUCCAGAACUUCUAUUUCAACAAUCAGGUCCAUGCAUCACCAUCAAGACUCAAGUUCCUCAUUACAAGCCGGCCAUAUGACUUUCUGGAGGCGCGCUUUGCGGAAAUGGCGUCUGCCGAGUUUUACUGCCGACUUGACGGUGACGACAAGUCCGAAGAGAUACGUCAGGAAAUUAACCUUUUCAUCGACCACAAGGUUAACGAUUUUGCGAAAGGCUUUCGUGAACAGGCUCGCCGGAGGAUUUCAGAUGCCCUAAAAGAUAUGAAGAACUGCAACUAUCUGUAUCUUCGUCUAAUACUCGGUAUCAUCAACGGAAGCCGGAGCGCGUACAGCAAGCCCUCGGAUAUCGAGGAGCUACUUUCUUGUCUUCCACCUUCCGUUUUUGAUGCUUACGAAACAAUUCUGGCACGCAGUCAAGAUGAAAAGAAGGCGAGGCAUCUGCUUAACAUUAUGCUUGCUGCUACAAAACCUCUGACGCUAGGCGAGGUCAACUACUCCCUAACAUUACAAGCUAAGAGCUUUGGAAACAUUGCUGAAAUCGAGGAUGAUGUUUGGGAUCACGAAAGCUUCAAAUCCGUGGUGAGAAACCUCUGUGGUCUCUUCAUCACCGUGAUUGACCAUCGGGUGGUCUUUAUUCACCAAACGGCCCAGGAGUUUCUUACAACACCUACACAGUCAAAAAAGUGGAUGGGAACUUUCGAUAUGUAUUCCGCACACAGAACAAUGUUCACCUCAUGUAUCCGUAUGUUAUCAUUGGAUGGCCUCGAUAUUGAUGUGCACACCUUCCCUCCGGGCCCGAAUUUCUGGAGAUACGCUGCUGAGAACUGGACGAUACACUUCAACUCCCAGGAUGAUGACAGCAGAGAAACCCUUUGUAAAGCCACCCGUGAGCUUUGUCGUACGCAAUCCAGGCAACUACCGGCUUGGGCUAGGUACUUGCAAUCUUACGGAUUCCCCCCGCUUCCUGCGCCAGUGGCAGAUUUGACACUUGCAAGCUAUUUCAAUCUGCUAGAAGUGGUUGAAUACAUCAUCAACGAAGAAAACGUCGACGUCAACUCAGAGGGAGGGUAUUUCGGCACAGCCAUCAAGGCCGGGGCUGCGAGGGGUCACCUCAAACUUGUCAAAACCCUCAUUUCUCACGGCGCAGAUUGUGAUGCUGGGUGUGGCCACUUUCGCACAGCUCUCCUAGCCGCUGUUGUCGAGGUUCAUCCAGAGGUAAUAGACUAUCUCCUGAGUAACGGCAGCAAAAUCACUGAGGAGCUUGUUAUAGCUUCAGUAAGCUAUAGCAGCUUUCGGAAAUCAAUAACUUCUUUGAAAGAGACAUACGGCAAGGAAGUUGAAAUCACCGCGGAUGUUGUUGCUGCUGCAGCCGCCAAAACUGAUGAUGGACGUGAUAUUGUCACUUUCCUGUUGGAGAGAUACGGAAACGAAUUCAAAAUCACCGAGGGAAUACUUGCGAGCGCAGCGACCAACAACAAACAUGGGCUCGUGAUCAUUGCCCAACUCUUAAACGAGCGUCGAGAGGAAUGUAUCGUCACUGAGAAAACAUUAGAAAACGCAGCUCUUAAUAAGGAGUACGGAUACUUCAUUAUCGCCAAACUUCUCGACAACCAUCGGGGUAACAUUGUCAUUACAGAUGGUGUUUUGGAAAAUGCAUUUCUCAAUAGAGUGUGUGGACACCUGAUAAUAAUGCUUCUCUUAGAAAAGUGCGGGCAUCGUUUCAGUGUCACACCGAAACUGAUAGAGAAUGCAGCAUCUGGCUGCACCGAGAGACCUUCAGAGACCGUAGCAGUCCUUCUAAACAGGCUGGGGAAAGAAUUAAAGAUCACCCCAGGGACUGUCAUGAACGCAGCUCAGAAUGCAUUUUGUGGUGUGGCUAUCCUGGGGCUCUUAUUGGAGAAGCGUGGGAGUGAAGUCGAGAUAACGCAAGAGGUUAUUAUGGCUGCGGCCGAGAACAAUUCAGAGGCGGUGAUGAGAUACCUCUUAAUUUAUUGUCCAAUGAGUUUUGAGCUCACAGAGGAACUUAGUUUAGCCAUCGUUCGAAAUGCGCAAGCUGGGGAGGAGAUGAUGGAUAUGCUAGUUGAAACGUUUGGGGACGAGGUUCAAAUCACGAAAGAGGUCAUCUUCGCCGGGAAGAGGAAUAAUACACUGGGGUCGCCUAGGGUAACAAGCCUCCUUCGAAAGAAGUAUGCCGGAAAUGCGUUCCAAAAGUACCAAUAA